UCGUAAAUUGUUUACUCCAACACUCAACUCUUUAAAUUGCCCCAAAAAAACCUAUCUUUUCCUCUUCGUCUGUACCAAACUCAACCCCCCAAUGGCUCAUUCUUGCAUAGCCACAACUUCAUCUCUCUCUAAAUGCAAUUCCGCAAUUUUCCCAUCUGAUUAUUGCAAUAUUUCUCCCAUAUCUCUACAGUUUAAACGUCUUUCUUUGAGGAAAGUAAAGGCUGUUGGGGAAGUGAAGAGUAGGGGAAAUAGCACCGUCAAGGCUGUGUAUUCUGGAGGUGACUGGGAUUUAGCAAAGGCUUCACGUUCUUCUGGAAUUUGGUCUAUCAGAGAUGACGUGCAAAUACCAUCAUCACCUUAUUUUCCUACAUAUGCCGCCCAAGGUCAAGGACCACCGCCAAUGGUACAAGAGCGAUUUCAGAGUGUGAUCAGCCAGCUCUUUCAAUAUAGGAUCAUACGAUGUGGUGGAGCAGUUGAUGAUGAUAUGGCUAAUGUCAUAGUUGCUCAGCUUCUUUAUCUUGAUGCUGUUGAUCCCACAAAGGACAUUGUUAUGUAUGUCAAUUCUCCAGGAGGGUCAGUAACAGCAGGAAUGGCUGUUUUCGAUACCAUGCGACAUAUUCGACCCGAUGUCUCAACUGUCUGUGUUGGACUCGCUGCAAGUAUGGGGGCUUUUCUUCUCAGUGCUGGCACUAAAGGGAAGAGAUAUAGCUUGCCAAAUUCAAGGAUAAUGAUUCACCAGCCUCUUGGUGGUGCUCAAGGUGGUCAAAGUGAUAUAGAAAUACAGGCUAAUGAGAUGUUGCAUCACAAAGCAAAUUUGAAUGGUUACCUUGCCUACCAGACUGGUCAAAGCCUUGAUAGGAUUAAUCAGGAUACUGAUCGUGAUUUUUUCAUGAGCGCAAAGGAAGCUAAAGAGUACGGGCUAAUCGAUGGUGUCAUCAUGAAUCCAAUGAAAGCCCUUCAACCACUUGCAGCAGCUGCUGAACAAUCAUAGUUGUAUUGCAAGGAAGGUUAAUUUUCUACCUAUCAUUUUGUUUCUCAUGUUUAGAGAUUGUAAUUGAUUUUACUAAGUUGGGUAGACACAACAUUCCUGCUGCCAGGAGAAAAUGUAUUGCCAAUUUUUACUUGUUGGGAAAGAGUGUAAUGUACCUACCUGCCCAGAUCUUAUAUAGAUGUUUCCUCAUAUCAGCAAUUCUUUA